CCUCUUCUUCUUGCAACAUUUGACGUUUGCAAUAAGAAGAUUAAAAGUCUUACACACGCACGCAUCGGGUUUUAUUUUGGGUUUGGCGUGGAAAAGUAGGCCCAAGCCAAGCCAGCAAGGACCACUCUUCGCUGGGACUGCAGCAGAUUCGUGUUAGUUUCGCAGGCGGUGAACCCAUGAGGCACGCAUGAUAUUCCAAUAGGAGAGGGGAGCUAGUGCGCAAAAAGCACAGGCUCCAUCGCGGGACAUGGCGACACGUCAGGACGACGAGAUGGGAGGCGGCGGGGCCGAGCCAGCCCCCAUUCGCGUCCUGCCACACACGGAGGAAGUGGCCAACUUCCUGGUCCACCAGCAGCACCAAAACCAAAACUACCUAAUCCACCAGCAGCAGCACGGCCAGGCGCCUGGGCCCAUGAUGUGGCCACCUCCCCCGUUUCCGCCCCAUCUCCAACAGCAGCAGCCACAGCCGCACUUGUACAACGAGUAUCUGUACAACCUUACAUAUUCCGGGCAGCCAGGCCAGCCGGAAACCUACUCGGUGCUGCCCGUGGGACACGGAAACUUCCUCAAGGUGUACCACUGCCCGGAGAACCAGGUCAGCGAGUCCAGCGCUCCGCUCUUCACGCAUAUCAACAUGGCCCCGCUGAACCACCAUCAGCUGCAGCACCAUCAGACCGCUCCGCCGACUCCGCCUCAGCCGACUCCGCUCUACGAACUGUUUGCCACGAAUCCUCUGACCUUGCCGCAGGCCCAGCAACAAGAAGCCCAGCAGCGCCAGUCCCAGCAGACGCAGUCUCAGAGUCCUACUGCCCCCCAAGUCAUUCACUCACCGAGCAGUGCCAAUCUGCUCAUCAACAACCUGGUUAACAACUGGUCACCGAACCUGACUGGCGGGACUUACAUUCAAUUCGGGGAUGAGGCUAACGAAAAUGACAUCCACCAGGCUGACCCCCUGGCGACCCAGCAGCCGCAGCUUCCGAAGCAGGAGCCCCCGGAGCCCCCGUCGAAGUCCGUCAGUCCACUGCCAGUGGCCUCCAAAACUGUCAAGGCCCACAAAAUGCCUUUGGGCACUGCCACCGUCUCACCAACUGCCAUCAACAAGUCGUGCGUUGUUGUGCCUGGCCAGCCCGAGGGCAAGAAGCGCAUCGUGGCCGAGGUAAAGCCCAUGCCCAUGUCGUACUCGGAUGUCCUCAGCAAAGGAACGAAGUUGAGUGCUGCAGGGGCAGAUAUACGCGCGGGCAACGGAGUCGACUACAGUACACAACCGCAGCGGCGUCAGGGGAAGGAGGAUGGAAAUGGAAAUCGUGAGAUGCGCACGGCAAAGCGUUCACCUAUGCACGAUGCCAAGGAGAUUGGUUCGGCACAGGCCAGUGUUGGUCAUGCGCAUGCCAGCCGAGGCAAGAAGCGUGGUCCGGCCAACCAGGCGGCGCCGCUCAAGGUGCAACACUCGCAGUCCCUCCAACAGACCACUCCUCAGACGCAGAUCAAAUCAAGCAAGGCCAUUAAUCAGGAAAAGAAGCGGCCACUUCAGCCGAAGAACUUAAACAGUAACAUCCUUAAGUCUUCAGAGCAAAAGAUAAGUUCCGCUUCUGUCCCCUCUAACAGCAGCUUGCCGAGUCACAGCAGUUCGACUCCGGCCACCAAUUUCAGCUCCUUAUCACGAAAGUCAGGCAGUAACAGGACCAAUUCCUAUGCCAGUCACUCGAAUCACACUGGAGCCCACAGCAAUUUGGGGAGCAGCAGUAACAAUAGCACCUUCAAUUACUCCAGCAAUAACAAUGUUAGUUCCUCUUCGUCCAAACGGUAUUCCUCCUCGAAUCUUAACUCGAAUAGCACUUCUGGCUACUCCUACUCAUCGAAGCGCAAUCGAAGCAAUGCCUACUCCUCAUCAAACUCGCCCACCCAUGCCAACGGUUUUUCCAGCAACCGCAACUAUGAGUUGGCCAAGCGUAUUCUGCAUACCUGGUGGAUCUACACCCUGAAACUGUUGACAUGGCUGUUCUACUUGGUCUACGAUAUCGUUGUGCUGGGCUUCAGCAUGGGCUUCGAGAGGAUGACUUUGGCAUACGAAUCGGGAUUGGCCUACGCGCGGCAGCUGCACAAGGAACUCAAGCAGAACUCUGGCAAGCCGAGCAUUUGGUGGCGAAGUUACUGGCGUCGACUCGACACUCGAUUUGCCAAGAACUCACGCUGGGCCGUAUGGCGACGUUUUUACAAACGCAAACCCCCUGAACCCACAUCUGAGCAGUUCAAAACUGGUCGCCUGCCACAAACAGGCGAAGAGGCAAUGUACUCGCUGCUGAAUUGCAAAGGAAAAGAUGCAUACAGCAUACUUGGUGUCCCACCAGAUAGCUCCCAGGAGCAGAUACGUAAGCAUUACAAGAAAAUAGCUGUUCUCGUACAUCCAGACAAAAACAAACAGGCCGGUGCUGAGGAGGCGUUUAAAGUGCUGCAGCGCGCCUUUGAAUUGAUUGGAGAACCGGAGAAUCGUCUAAUUUAUGACCAAAGCAUCGCCGAGACACUGCACGCUGAGAAAGCGUGGACGGAGUUGCAUGAUCUGCUUUCCCAACUGCAAACCAAAAUGGCUGAAGCAGCCAAUACUAUAAGGUGUAGCACCUGUGCCCAGCGCCAUCCUCGCAAGCUAACAGAACGUCCCCAUUAUGCGGCGCGGGAGUGCGCAUCCUGUAAAAUACGACACUCCGCAAAAGAUGGAGACAUUUGGGCCGAAACCAGCAUGAUGGGCUUGCGGUGGAAAUACUUGGCGCUAAUGGACGGCAAAGUCUAUGACAUAACCGAGUGGGCCAACUGCCAAAAAGGAGCUCUUUCACAUUUGGAACCAAACUCCCAUAUGGUGCAGUACCGCAUAGUACGCGGUGCUCAGCAACAACAGCAGCAGCAGCAGCAACAACAACACCACCAGCAACCGCAGCAACAACAUCACGACCGGGGUGCUCAUCAUCCAGGCGGGGGAGUUAGUGGUGUUAGCGAGGCUACAUUGCACGAGUUCUUAGACAAUUUGUAUAGCGGUCAGCAUCCGGGGGCGCCCAACGCCUUUGCCGGAAAUGCGCGUCGGCGAACGCGCCGUAACUAAGCAUCGCGGGCAUAGUCUUAAGUGUUUUAAAAUCUCUAAUCUACAGUUAUAAUCCACCCAAUGUCGCCGUCGGCUGCUUGGUCCUUACUCACACACAAACAAAGCACGUUAGCAGCAGCUGUCCACUCAUCUUCCUUACUUAAAUCGCAUUGACUUACUGCACGGCUAUCCUCUAAGUUAGUCUUAUGUUGUCAAGUUCAAUGGCCAUAUUAACUUUUCCAAGCUGUGUUGUUGGAUAAUGAUUUACAGAAGAUCGUGACAUUGUUUGACAUGACACAUUAAAUUGUUGAAUUACUACAUACAAUUUAGACUACUUCUAUGUUUUAAUCUUUUCUUUCUGUCUACAUUUUAUUGUCAGCUUAUCACGCUUAGCUCUUAACAAAAAUCUCUAGUUCUAAGUCCUAAGUUUACUAUUCCCGUCAAUUUCUAAGCGAAUGCGACGGCACACAUGUAAAAUUUAACGCAUCCAAAUUAAACAUACAAUAAUGUUAAUAAAACAAUAUUUAAUGCAUAAAUAUAA